AUGUCAGCUCUAUCUGGUCAACUGCUGAUCGGUCCGCCACGGGACAGCUUCUGGGAACUGCACCGGAAGUUGGGAGAAUGCUACGAGGCGGACCUUCAGAGGCUCAACAGCGCCACACCGGGCGGCUUGCUUCAGCGGCACCGACUGGCCCAAGUUACAGGCUCGAAGCAGAAAGCCAAAAGCACGGCGACGAUGAAUCUCAAGAGCCUCGACAGAUUACCGACUCCACAUCAAUUCCAGGAGGACCUGACGAGAUUGAACGCGGAAGCGGCAAACCCAGCUAGCCCAAUCAGUGCUUUUGCGGAGCCGAGCUCGGGCUUGGGCACCGGCAGCUUGAGCGUUCUUCCACAGCCUCGAGCGGACUCUGCUGACGUCGGGACUCCACCAGAGGAUCCUCCAGCCUUGCCGGGAAGUCCGCGCCGGCGCCCGGGUCCCGGCCGAGAUGGCGAUGACAUCUCUGAGGCUUGCUUGUACAUUGCGCACGGCUGCUGGCUUCAGAAGUCCAAGUCGACCAUCUCCCGUCGCAAGAGUACCCUGGGACCGAGGUCGGGGACCACUCCGACCUUGGCUUCGAUCCAGAAGCGCAGCUACACCUUAGAUCCCACGGGACAUUUUCGCAACUUUUGGGACUUUUUGGGGAUCUUCCUCCUCAUCAAAGACUCCAUUGCCAUUCCUCUCCAAUUCGUUGUUGAUGACUUCUACCUGCGCUUUCCAAUUCUCUUCUUCGUCACUCGGAUUGCGGUGUUCUAUUGGUGCGCAGACAUCCUGCUCUGCUUCGCCACAGGGUAUCUCCACAAAGGAAAUCUCGUACAAGAUGUCAAGCAGGUCUGGUGUCACUACUUGCGCACGUGGUUUGUACCUGACGUGCUUGUUACAUGUGUGGACAUGGUGUUGGAGUUUACGCCGGUGGGGGACACUGUGGGGGAGACCGCUGCGACAACCCGAAUCCUCAGGCUCAUGAGGCUUUUCCGUGUGGUCCGUCUGGGCAAGCUUACUCGAGUUGCAGCGUUUCUCCGAGAUCAGUUUGAAUCUCCUAUGGCUUCUAUUCAGUUCAACUUGAUGUUGGUGAUGAUCGGCAUGAUGCUCGUGGAGCACGUCCUUGCCUGCUGCUGGCUUGGGGUGGGCACCUUAUCAUCAGAAGCCACGACCACAUGGUUGAAGAGCUCCGGGCUGUCGGACAGCCCAAUAAUGGUCCAGUAUACGACCGCGCUGCGCUGGGCAUUCAUGCAGCUCGGUGUUGGGGGCACAGAGAUCGAGGCCACCAACGAGACGGAGGGCUACUACACCAUCCUGGUGUGCUUUGUCAGUCUGGUGACCUUCUCCACUGUGAUCAGCUCCAUGACAUCCCUUGUAACAGCACUGCAUGGCCGGAGGAUGGAGGAGUCACAGCAAUUUGGGCUGCUGAGGCGCUUCCUUCGUCAGCAAAACAUCCCGGACAGCCUUGGCCACCGCAUCACUCGCUUCUUGCAGUUCGCGUACCAUGCAAGGCAGACGCAUGAGCAAGACCUGCACAUCCUCAACCUCUUGUCCAAAUCACUUUCUGCUGAAAUGCACUUCGCGCGCUACCAGCGGUGCUUCGAGCGGCUGCCGUUUUUGCAUGAGCUCUUCAGGAACAGCGACAUGAGUGCACAGGAAGGGCAGGUUAUUCAGAGACUGGCCACUCAGGGUCUGGUGGUGCUGGAUGCUGGGGAGGAUGACAUCGUCUUCUGUUGCGGGGCGAAGGCCGAAGCCUGCUACUUUGCCAUGCAGGGCUCACUCUCGUAUGAAACCCGGGAUCAGGGGCUGAUUGACGUGGAAGAGGAGCAGUGGAUCUCAGAAAUGUGUCUCUGGACGGAUUGGGGACACGUCGGGGAUCUUUCAGCCCGAAGCUUCAGCAGCAUUUUGGCAAUUCAAUUCCAGGCAUUCUGCGAAUGCAUCGCGAGCCUAGUGGCUGCACAGAACCAAGCCCACCGUUAUGCGCUCGCCUACGUCGAAGCGAUGAAUCAGGCAACUGGCCUCACAGACGUCUGGCUGUAUGAGAAGGUGUCAACCAUCAGAGACAUUCCAGGCACUGGAACGCACAUGCUGAGCCAACUCUUUAGAUCAAGGUUCUGGUUCGACCCUGGCAGUGAAAACAUGGUUCGCGUCGCUCCAUCUCUUGCAUGA